AUGGCAAAAGAUGCUGAAACACAAAAUCAAAAUGGGAAGAACUGCUAUUCAAAGAAAAAAUAUGCCGAAGCAUCCGCUUAUUUCACAGAUGCAAUUCGAUUAAAUCCAAUCGUUAAACAUUAUCAAAAUCGUGCGAUGUGUUAUUAUCAGAUGGAUCAACUUGAUUUGGCAGAGGCUGAUUGCAGACGAGCUCUAGAAAUGAGCCCGAAUGAAGUCAAGCCUCUAUACUUUCUCGGAAACAUUUUGACUAAAACGAAACGCUACGGAGAAGCUAUUUCGUGCCUUUCGAAAGCUCUUUAUCAUAAUAAUUCAAUAACGAAUACAGUAGAUAUUGAGAAUGCCUUGAGACGUGCCAGACAUGAAAAAUAUGAAGAGGAAGAAUUGAACAGAACUAUGCAAGAUCUAACCAUCUUCAAUUAUAUCGAUGAGCUGAUUAAAAAAGAUAAAAAGGAGCGCGAAGAAGGGGAUGAAGAAAUAUGCUCGUUAGCUCAAAAGCGUCUUAACGAGUUGAUGGUUCAAGCGUCGGAAAAACGUCAUAACCGUGAAAUUCCGGAAGCGUUAUGUGGAAAAAUCACUCUUGAAUUAAUGAAAGAUCCGGUUAUUGUGCCUUCUGGAAUCACAUAUGAUAGAGAGGAAAUUGUGCAGCAUCUGAGGAGAAUAGGACAUUUCGAUCCAGUCACCAGAAAUCCGCUAGAAGAAAGUGACAUAAUUCCCAAUUACUCACUGAAAGAAGUGAUUGAGAAGUUCUUAGAAGACAACCCAUGGGCGAAAUAUGAUCCCGGAAAUUCUGAAUAA